GCCCCUCUCUCUCUCUCUCUGUUUCUACCAAUAUAAAUGGCCGUGGUCUUCCCUCCGAAAGAGAAGCGGAAGCAGAAGCAGAAGCAGAAGCAGAGGAAGAGAGAAAGUGGGUGCCAAAACAUGGAGGAGAUGGACCCAGAGUACAACUUCUACUGGGAGACGAAGCGCUUCUUCGAGAACGAAGAGCUCGACAGCAUGUGGGGAUUGGAAGAGGCAAUGUCGAGCUACUACGAUUCCAGCUCGCCUGAGGGAAGCGGGAGCGGUAAUAGCGGCGGCGGAGGCGGCGGCGCCUCCUCCUCUACCGCGGCAGCCCUGAAGAGCAUCGAGAUGGAGAGGAACCGCCGGAGGAAGCUCAACGAGCGUCUCUACGCCCUCCGCAGUGUCGUCCCUAACAUUUCUAAGAUGGACAAGGCGUCGAUAAUCAAGGACGCGAUCGACUACAUUCAAGAACUGCAAGAGCAAGAGCGAAGGUUGCUCGAAGAUCUAUCGCAUCUCCAGGCGACGGCCGACAAGAAAGAAUCGGCCGCCGGCGGUGCUGACGACUUUGGCCUUUCGCGAGGGAGGAAGAAGAUGAAGAGUACAGCGCCAACCUCGCCGCCCGUCGAAAUCGUCGAUCUCGGAGUUGCUGAGGUUGGGGAUAAGAUAAUGGUGGUGAGCAUCACAUGUCAAAAGAGGAAGGACACCGUGGCGAAAGUGUGCGAGGCUUUGGAGUCCCUCGACCUCAAGAUUAUUACGGCGAACAUCACCUCCGUU